CUUAUUACUUUAAACGAACACUGAAGACGUAAACAUAAAAGAUGAGCUCCUUCUCCAAAGUAGGCCAUGCCAGGAAGAAGAAAGCUGAAAAGAAAUGAAGUUUCAUUGUCAAGUAGGAAAGAAGUGCGUAAAUAUUUUCUUCAAAUAGAAUUUUUAUUUUCAUUUGGAGUUGUGAAAUGAUCAUAAUUCCGUCAUCAGAAAGCCCAGAUCAGAGGAACAAACCCCAAAUACUCUUUCCUUUCUCGAUGAAAAAUCCCAAAAAUUGAUCGAAGGUCCAAAUUACACGAAAUGCCCGUUUUCCCCCCUUAAACCGGGUUGUCAGCGCCACCGGAGGAUUCGGGUAAUCCAAAUCGGAAUUCUCGACGACCUUAUUGGUUCCCUACUUCCCUUCUUUCCUGUAUCGAUCGACGCGCCAACCAAGCACGUGAAACUCGUCACCGCGCGUCAUUUGGUGUUAGCAUGGAUGUCUCUAACUUCGCCGCUUUGAAAAAGAAGUUGGCCAAAGAGCCAAAAAAGAAGAAGGAGGCGGGGGGUCAGAAACCCGUCGAUGAUUUCUUCCAGAAGGGUGGGGCAUCUCAGGUCCCGGAGGGGGAGGGACCCUCCAAAACAGUUGAUACCGGUGCUGGUGCCGAGGGCUCCAAGGGGGAGGAGCUCAAGAGAAAGAACUCCGGGAAGGGUGUCGCCCCCCCCGGAGAACAAGAAGCAGAAGAAGGGGGCCCCGGGGAGGAAGGAUGUCCCCAUUUUGAUAGUUGAGGAGCAGCCCUCCUUGAAUCCUUCUGCGAUUACCCCUCCUCGAUCUCCUCCAUCCCCCAUAGACGAGGGGAUCCGCCCGGCGGAGAUCAUCCAGUUCCCCGUCAAGUCGGGGACCUCAGUUAUGCACGGAACCCUUCACCCCGUCGUCUUCAUGAGGGGGGUGAUGGCCCCGAAGGAUAGGUCAGUGUUGGCCCGCCUUGGGGACGACAUCCUCGACUAUAAAGUCGCGAGCUACAGCACUAUGGCUGCCCUGGCUGCUUCCGAGCAGGCCCAAAGGGUCGAGCAACUGAGGAUCGCAAAGUGCCAGGCGGACGAGGCUCUGAAGAAAGCCGACGAGGAGAGGGUUGCCCUUCGGCAGAGGAUUGCUGAUGCGGAGACAGCCCUUCGUCUGGAGAGGGAGGCCAUGGAGCAAAGGCUAAAAGAUGCCGAAGCUAAAGGGAAGGCCGCCGCCGAGGAAGCCGCCGCUGCCAUUGCCAGGACCGUUGCCGAGGCUGCCGAGAAUGAUAAGGCUGAAGCGGUGGCUGACGCCGGAAAGAAAGCGGUUGAGGCUUUUCUUGCCGAGGGCUGGGCGGCAUUGGACCACGAGGGGUGGGUGGCCUCCGUGGUGGAGCAGAAGGUUGACUCUUGGGUGAGAGGCCCCGGUGCUGAAUGGCUUGCCCGAAAGGGUAAAGACUAUUAUGACGGUGGCAAAUUCUUCACCCAGAAGAUGAUCUACCGGAGGCUGGCCCGGCACUUAAAAAUCGAUCCGAAGGAGUUUGAUCCGGCAGCUUACGGCCUCCCCCCCUUGCAGCCAGAUGUCCGGGUUCCUCUGCCCGAAGGCGAAGAGAGGCCGGAUCUUGAGGACUCCGAGCUUAUGGGCAAAGGCGACAAUGAAGAAGCCGAAGACGAUGCGGCCUCAAAGCCGAAGGAAGAUGUCGCCAAAGAGGCAGAGGCUUAAAAUUUUUCUAUAUGUAAACAUUUGUAAUAGUAGGUUUCGGCUUCGGCCAUGUACGCGGGAAUUUGUUUUGCAUUUUGAUACUCCCUGAUGAAUGAACGUGAUGUGCCUUCGGGCCUUUUUAUGAAUGAAUGCCUUGACUCCUUA